UAUAUUUAAAUAUGCGAGUUGAAAAUAAUUGUGAAGUUGAUAUUCUUAGUCGACUAGGAAUUCUUGAACGCGAAACUCCUAAUGAUAAUUUAACGACAAAAAUUAAAAGUAAUCGGUUUGUUGACAAGAAACGUAAAUUUCAUCGAGUUUCAUUAAAUGUUGCUUUAAAUAAAAUUUCUUUGAGUGAAAGCAGCACAGAUGAAGAUAAAGACUUUAUUAACAAAACUUCAUCUUCUGAAACAAAAAAUGACCAAACAAUUUUUUAUUCUUCAAACAAUAAUUGCCAUUCUAAUCCAAAUUUUUGUGAAUUUAUUUCUCUUCUCUCUGCUGCUGGAUUUUUGAUUUUAAUUAAUUCAAUAUUUAUUUUACUUGGCUCUUAUUUUGCAACCUUCAGUUUAUUUAAAUUUAAUUUAAAUUCAUUUUUUCUUUUACUUUCUGUGAUGCUAACUUUUGUAACAAUUUUUGCUUUAUUUUUGAUUGAUAAAAGCGAGAAAAUUUUAAAUUUUGGGCAUUUAAGUAUUAUUUUAUUUAAUGCUAGUCAAUCAUUUUUAAUUGCAACAAUUGAAAGAGUUAUUUUAUUAAUUAUUCCACGUUGGAAAAUUAAUUUUGGCCGUGUUAUUUUUAUUGUAUAUUCAUUUAUUGCUUUUUGUGCUUUUUUAUCUUCUUCACUUCAAAUUAAUUUGGAAAAAAAUAAUUUAUCAAAUAAUUCUGAAAUUAAUGAAAAACAAAUAAAAAUACUCAACAAAACAGAAAAUUUGUUGGAAGAGUUUAUUUUCAUUAAAUAUUUAUUUUUCAAUGAAUUUUUAUUUAUUUUAUUAAUUUUUGUUUUACCAAUUUUGUUUGGUUUUUGUUGUUUUCUUGGUCAACCUUUGGGUUCUCCUCAGCAAAAAAUUUCAAAAAAUAAUUAUUUUAAUGAGUUACAAGUAUCUUCAUCUUUUAUUUGUCAAAUUCUUUUAUUUUUUAUUAUGACUUUACAUUUUACUUCUUCCUUUAUUGCUCAACAUUCUAUUUAUUUUAAUAAAGAAAAUAAUUUCGAAAAUGUUCAAAAUGUUUUAUUUUGGUUAUUUUUGUUAAUAUUUAGACUUCCUUUUGUUUUUUGGCCAAAUCUUUCAAUACGCUCAAAUUUAUUUUAUUUUUUGUAUUUUAUUUUAAUUACAGCCAGUAUUUUACUUAAAUUAAUUAUACCUGAGCAUUUUAGUAAUAUUUUUGAUUUGGCUAUUUUGUCAUUUUCUUCCAAUUUUCCACUUUUUCUUUAUGUUUGGUAUAUUAAUUAUUCAAAAUGUUCACAUUUGGAUAUUUCUUUUUGUUUUAUUCUUUCUUUAUCAUUUGGAGAAUUAAUUGGGAAAUUUAUUUUUUGGAAACAAAAUAUUUCUCCUUCCCUUUCAUUCAAAAUUGGACUUUUCUCAAUUACCUUUUUAUUGUUUUUAAUUUUAUUUUUUAAAAUUCAAAAAGAAGGGCGUCAAAGGCAAAUUAUUGAAUAUAGAAGUUCAAUUAAUGGAAAUACUCAAAACUCGUCAAAAAUUAAAAAGAAAUUAAAGAAAAAGGUCAAAACAUCAAAAGGUGCUUAUUCAUUAUUAGAAAUGAAUAGAAGAAUUGCCAACAAAAAUAACACAGAAAAACAACAAAAAACACUUAUUUCCUCAAAUGAUGAUAGGUCAUCAUUUGAUAGUGAAGAUGAUGAAGACGAGGCUGACGUGGAAAUGGAAUCUGUGACUGGUGAUUAUGAUGAAGAAUUGGAGAAGGAAGAAGAAUGUAAAAAAAUAAAUGAAUUAUUAUAG